GCUACAACCCACGCACCGGCCACUGGCGCUACCUGGCCGAGUUCCCCGAGCACCUGGGCGGGGGCUACAGCGUCGCUGCGCUGGGCAACGACAUCUACGUCACCGGGGGAUCGGACGGGUCGCGGCUCUACGACUGCGUCUGGAGGUACAACUCCAGCGUGAACGAGUGGACGGAGGUGUCGCCCAUGCUGAAGGCCAGAGAGUACCACAGCUCCACGGUGCUGGACGGGCUGCUCUACGUGAUCGCCUCCGACAGCACGGAGCGCUAUGACCACACGGUGGACAGCUGGGAGGCCCUGCAGCCCAUGCUCUACCCCAUCACCCCCUCCUGCCGUGGCAAGCUCUUCGCCAUCGGCUCGCUGGCUGGGAAGGAGUCCAUGGUCAUGCAGUGCUACGACCCCGACAGCGACCUCUGGUCCCUGGUGAACUGCGGCCACCUGCCCCCCUGGUCCUUCGCCCCAAAGACCGUCACUCUCAACGGCCUCAUGUACUUCAUAAGAGACGACUCGGCUGAAGUGGAUGUUUACAAUCCAGCAAAGAAUGAAUGGGAUAAAAUCCCUGCCAUGCUUCAGGUUCACGUUGGGGGGAGUGUGGCCGUGCUCGGCGGGAAGCUCUACGUCUCCGGCGGCUACGAUAACACGUUUGAACUCUCGGACGUCCUGGAAGCCUACGACCCCGAGACGCGCACGUGGAGCGUGGUGGGCAGACUGCCCGAGCCCAUCUUCUGGCAUGGCAGCGUCAGCAUAUUCCGGCAGUUCAUGCCGGAAACCACGCAGGAGGACGACACCAUCACGCUGGACAACACCAUCAACCUGAACAGGCAGCAGCAAAACCUUCACAACCAGAACCUUAACGAGCUUCGUUAG